UCAGAAAGAACUAAGUUUAACAAGAACUCUGCAUUAUUCCCCUAACUAGUGAAAGAGAGGGAAUGAAGGUGGGGGAGAAGCAACUUUCUGGCCUCUUUUUUGCCAUGAUUGCACAAUGUAUAGAUUCUAAGGACAAGAGAAAACUUUUAUUAAAAGAAAACACGGUUUUUGAAGCUCAGAGGAACGACUAUAUUAGUUUUUCCCCAGGAACAUAUGGGAAAGAAACGUCCUCAGAAACCAAAGCCCAACUAUCAGAGAUUAUGAGAUUUUUCAGGCUCACCUUAUGAUCUUCCUUGCGUUUGUCUCUUUAAACACGUUGAACUCGACCUUAAAGAAGCUGCUGCUAAAUAGUGGUCAAGCAGUAGUUAAAUUAACAAACCCUCCCACCUCGCUCCACUGGGUGGUAGCUUCCAAGGCCACAGUAAACGUGUAUCAGUGUGAACCUGAUCCAGAAACAGCCAGGAAGGGAACAAAGUUUAGUCUGUGAGGAAAUAGGUGGCUGCCGGUAGUUUCAUGCUGUCUGUCCAGAUUUCACUUUGCUGUGUGGUGUUUUGGAGCCCUCUCUUGCAUCAGAACUCUGUCCUCCUAAUCCUCUGAGUGUCAUCUCAGGAUCCUGGGCACACUCAUGGCACGAUGGCCAACCCUCAGGAGCACCUGAGCUGCUCCUCUUCCCCACACUUACCCUUGAGUGAAAACAGAACCUUCAAUGGACUACAAGAUGAGCUCACACCUACGGGGAGCCACCCUUCACCCAAGCUACUUAAGGACCCGCAGGAAAAGGGGGGAGUACACGCAGAGCUAACUGAGAACAUGAACAGCCCCAUCACCACAACAGUGUUGACGAGUGUGAGCGAAGAUUCCAGGGACCAGUUUGAGAACAGCGUUCUUCAGCUAAGGGAACAAGAUGAAUCGGAAAUGGCCGUGUCUCAGGGGAACAGCAACACCACGGACAGAGAGAGCACAAGUGGAACGGAAGACAUCAAGAUUCAGUUCAGCAGGUCAGGUAGCGGCAGUGGUGGGUUUCUGGAAGGACUAUUUGGAUGCUUGAGGCCUGUAUGGAAUAUCAUUGGCAAGGCAUAUUCCACUGAUUACAAAUUGCAGCAGCAAGAUACUUGGGAAGUGCCAUUUGAGGAGAUCUCAGAGCUGCAGUGGCUGGGUAGUGGAGCCCAAGGAGCUGUCUUCUUGGGCAAGUUCCGAGCGGAGGAGGUGGCCAUCAAGAAAGUGAGAGAACAGAAUGAGACGGAUAUCAAGCAUUUGAGGAAGUUGAAGCACCCUAACAUCAUCGCUUUCAAGGGUGUUUGUACUCAGGCCCCAUGUUACUGCAUCAUCAUGGAAUACUGUGCCCACGGACAACUCUAUGAGGUUUUGCGAGCUGGCAGGAAGAUCACACCCCGAUUGCUAGUGGACUGGUCUACAGGAAUUGCAAGUGGAAUGAAUUAUUUGCACCUCCAUAAAAUUAUUCACCGUGAUCUCAAAUCACCUAAUGUUUUGGUGACUCACACAGAUGCAGUAAAAAUUUCAGAUUUUGGUACAUCUAAGGAACUCAGUGACAAAAGUACCAAGAUGUCCUUUGCCGGCACAGUCGCGUGGAUGGCACCAGAGGUGAUACGCAAUGAACCUGUCUCUGAAAAAGUUGAUAUAUGGUCUUUUGGAGUGGUGCUUUGGGAGCUGCUGACGGGAGAGAUCCCUUACAAAGAUGUGGACUCUUCAGCCAUCAUUUGGGGUGUUGGAAGCAAUAGCCUACACCUUCCAGUUCCUUCCACUUGCCCUGAUGGAUUCAAAAUCCUUAUGAAACAGACAUGGCAGAGUAAACCUCGCAACCGGCCUUCUUUCCGGCAGACGCUCAUGCAUUUAGACAUCGCUUCUGCUGAUGUUCUUGCCACCCCACAAGAAACCUACUUCAAGUCUCAGGCUGAAUGGAGAGAAGAGGUGAAAAAACACUUUGAGAAGAUCAAAAGUGAGGGAACCUGUAUACACCGAUUAGAUGAAGAACUGAUUCGGAGGCGCAGAGAAGAGCUCAGGCAUGCUUUGGAUAUUCGUGAACACUAUGAGAGAAAACUUGAGAGGGCUAAUAAUUUAUACAUGGAACUGAGUGCCAUCAUGCUGCAGCUGGAAAUGCGGGAGAAGGAGCUCAUUAAACGUGAGCAAGCAGUAGAAAAGAAGUACCCUGGAACUUACAAACGACACCCCGUCCGUCCAAUAAUCCACCCCAACGCCAUGGAGAAACUCAUGAAGAGGAAAGGUGCGCCUCAUAAAUCAGGGAUGCAGACCAAACGGCCAGAUCUGUUGAGAUCUGAAGGUAUCCCCAGUAUGGAGGUGGCUCCCGCCGCAUCCCCUUUGUCUGGAAGUCCCAAAAUGUCCACCUCAAGCAGCAAGAGCCGAUAUCGGAGCAAACCACGCCACCGCCGAGGGAAUAGCAGAGGCAGCCAUAGUGACUUUGCAGCGAUCUUGAAAAACCAGCCGGUGCAAGAAAAUUCACCCCAUCCCACUUAUGUACACCAAGCUCAAUCCCAGCACCCUUCUUCCCAUCACCAUAAUCCUCUGCAGCAGCAAUACCAGCAAUGCCCUCCUGCCGUGCCUCAGAGUCACCACCCCAGACUCAACAUGCACGGACAGGACAUUGCAACCUGCGCCAACAACCUGAGGUAUUUUGGCCCAGCAGCAGCCCUGCGGAGCCCACUCAGCAACCAUGCUCAAAGACAGAUGCCUGGCUCCAGCCCUGACCUCAUCUCCACAGCCAUGGCGGCAGAUUGCUGGAGAAGUUCUGAGCCUGACGAGGGCCCAGCUGUCCCCUGGGGCUGUUGUCAGGCUGACCCUUAUGACCCCUGCCUCCAGUGCAGGCCAGAACGGUGUGGUUCCUUAGACAUACCCUCUGCUGAGCCAGUGGGGAGGAGACCCGACCUUUUCAAGUCACCAGCACACAAUCCCCUCUCGGAAAAUGCCCAGGGUUCUGAGAAAAUGGAAGAAAGUGAAUUCAAAGGCUGUAGGUCUGCAUCAUCCCUUGGCAUCCCUCAUCACGUCACCCCCCCAGUGCUACCUCGAAAUACAAGGCCCCUGCAAAAGAGUGGAGAUGACUCCUCAGAAGAAGAAGAAGGGGAAGUAGAUAGUGAAGUUGAAUUUCCACGAAGACAGAGGCCCCAUCGCUGUAUCAGCAGCUGCCAGUCGUAUUCAACCUUUAGCUCUGAGAAUUUCUCUGUGUCUGAUGGAGAGGAGGGAAAUACCAGCGACCACUCCAACAGUCCUGAUGAGUUAGCGGAUAAACUGGAAGACCGCCUGGCCGAGAAGCUAGAUGACCUGCUGUCCCAGACGCCAGAGAUCCCCAUUGAGAUAUCCUCGCAUUCAGAUGGGCUCUCUGACAAGGAGUGCGCCGUGCGCCGCGUGAAGACGCAGAUGUCUCUGGGCAAGCUGUGUGCGGAGGAACGUGGCUACGAGAAUCCUAUGCAGUUUGAAGAAUCGGACUGUGACUCUUCAGAUGGAGAGUGUUCUGAUGCCACAGUCAGGACCAAUAAACACUACAACUCUGCUACUUGGUAAUGAAAGAAAACCCAUCCUGAAGAUAUCAUGACUAUACUGGCAUUUCAGAUCCUUCCCACCCCCAGACUCUUCCCACUCUCUCCCUGCUUUUUCGUCUGGGAAGAGAGCUGCCUCCUCUUUCUUACCCCUAGAAAUGAGCUGCAAUAACAGGAACAUGAGACUUCGCAAAUCUCUUGGAAAAAAAUAUCCAAAUGAAAUUAAGUCUCACUGAACAUUUCAAUCAAGAAUGGCAGGGAUCUAUUUUAUUGAAUAUUCUAGCUACUGUAACAUUGAUAUUUAUUUUUGUUUGACAUUUUAACACUUUGUACUGUAAAGAGUGAACUAUAUAUAAUAUAGAGAGAGACACAAUAAUUUCUUGCAAAAAGAGAGAGAGAGAAAGAGAGAGAGAGAGAUAAAGGAAGAAAGAAAAGAAAGAAAGAAGUGGAAUUUAGGAGCAACAUCGUUGGUAAUUUGUGGGGCCAGGAGAUAUUAUUGCUACUUGAACAGGGGACCAGUUCUUUUGGCCAUAAGAGACGAAGAAGAGCCAGAGCAAGACAUACUGAUUAUUUUAGAAAACAAAGAAAAGCAAUUCCAGGUAACUUGUCAACAGACCACAUUAAGUUCAACCAGCUUGCCCACAUGGGUGAUGGAAAUGAUCUCGAAGAGACUGAUGACCAGAUACUUGCACCCAAGGUCCUUGAGGGCAUGUGCUUCCUCUAGGAGGAAAAAAGACAACUACACAUCUGGAAGCUGAUUUCAUUUCAAGAACUUGAAGCAGCAUUUGGUAGUGAGACUUACAGAUAGCAUCAAGCCUUGUCUUUGACAAAUGCUUCCCUUUUUAAUGCUGUCAUUGUCAUUACCUUGACAAAUGUGUUACCUUGACCAACGUGUUGAUUUUUCAGACUCAAGUGCCAUUUUCUUAUAGCCUAUUUCCUUUCCACCUGUUGACCACUUCCUUUAGGGAAAAAGGCAGGGGGUGCCAAAAAGAGAAAAAGGAAAUUUACAACAGUAUUAGAAAAGCAAAUGUGGAAUUUGUGAAAGUGCAUUCUCACAAUGUCUCAGUUCAGCUACGUGAAGAAGAUCAGAUCACCCCUCUGUGGAACCAGGUUACUUGUCUACUAGAGUCAUAUUGAUUCAAACAGAACAGACUUUGAAGGCAGCUAGCAUGUGUGUGAGUCUGUCCAAAGUCCAAUCCCGAACCACCCCCUUGUUUUUAUUCAUUAACUCAUUCUAUCUGGGAAGCUUUAGUGCCUGGCUACCACUAUCAGGAUAAAGGCAGCAUAAGCAACUUGUAAAAGUCAACCCCUCCCACAUUACAAUAGCAUUUUUGUUAAACGCAACUGGUAAAGUGUAUUUUACUGCACUUUGGAUCAAUGCAGUUGGAAAUAAUUGAAUCUGGAAAUUUAUAGAAAGAACAACUGAUGCUGAGCAGCAAUUAGAGAGAUUUUACAUUGUCCAAGACCUGAGGUCCUGGCUUGUCUCUGGGGUCACGGUCUUUGAAAAGCAUCCCAAGGAAUUUCAUCAUGCCUCAGCUUCAAGGAAAUUUUUAUCUAGAAUUUUAUAUAAAAACGGGUGUUGGCCUAGUUUCCAUCUCUGUCUCCAAGAUAGGUUACUGUCAAACAACCUCUCUAGGCUCAAGACCUGAAGAACAUGGCUUGACUCUUCGACACUGCAUCACAUUGGACAUUAGGAAAGACUUACACAUUACAGGUAUUAAACUAUUUCCAACAAAGAUGAAAACGUUGCCCUCCGCUGGGGGUCGCCGAUUGCAUCAGCCAAAAAGGAAAGGUGGAGGGAAUUUAGAGCACUUCCUUUGCUUGUCUGAUCCCUCCAUGUGUUUACACUUUAUGUUGAGUCGUUGAUUUAAAAUUUAGUGUCUAUAAUUUAUAGCUCUUAGGUAAGAUGAAGGAAAAUGUUUAACUUAUACAGAGAGCAGUAUUGUUUGCAUUAAAUUAUUCCAUUUUGUAUAAAUUCUGUAGCUGGACUACAUGAAAGAUCUUAAGUUAUGGCAUUAUUAUCAUUGUUAUUUUGUUUUAUAAUAAUUAUCAUUCUCAUUUUCUGUCGAUCAGAAGGUGUGGCUUUACAGUGUAGCACAAUGAUUGUGUUUAUUGCUAACCAUGAAUAAUUAUGGGUUUUUAUGAUUUUUAUGAAGGAAUGAAAAUGGAACUGCCAUUUGGGAGCUCCCUGGUAUUCAUGUUAGUUGUAUUCCCUCAUUUUCUGUGUGCAACAACAAUCAUCUGAGGAUGCGGGUUCUGCCCUGGAGGCCAGUGGAUGCACUGUGGCUUUGACUUGAUCCUGAAAGCUCCCGGGUGGGCAGAUGACUGAGUGAAUGGACAAAUACUUCAGAAGCUGUAAACUUUCUCAAGUUUCUUAAGAAAUAAAAUCAUGGGACUACAUUAGAGGCAAAAAGAGAAUUAUUUAGUCCCCUGGGAGGAGCCGACCUAGGGAGUUGCUGCCCGGGGCCCAUGGGUUAGGCAGAUUCAAGAGCGGGCAGCACAGUUUGUCAUCUCCUUCUUUCCAGGUCCCAUAGUACCAACUUUUUAUUUCUCCUGGCUGGGAGUAGCAGGGAAACAUAAAAAGAAACAAGCAAACAAAAAGAAUAUGUAUAUCAUGACAUUGACAUAAAAUGCCUAGCUAUGAUGUCAUCCCGUAAUAAGACUAGAGGCAUUCUAGAAGGAGGCCUACUCACUUAGAGGGUGAUUGGGCCGGAAAAGUACCUUAAAAGGCCAUAUUUUCCAUCCUUGGACUUCAGACCACACUCAACUGUGAAUCUCUCUGGUUCAUUUCUUCUGGGAACUGAGAGUUCAUCUCUUGAGACUUCAGACCACACUAAACUAUGAAUCUCUCUGGUUCAUUUUUUCUGGGAACAAGUCAAUGUCCCCUUUCUCUCCACCAUAAAACACACUUUAGCUCGUCCAGUUCUUGCCCACCUAUAGUGGCAAAAGGAAACAGGAGGGUCGGCUUCUGUCUUACAUCUUUUAGUGAUGGUCUUCCUCGAAAACCCACACCUGAUACCUCAUAACUUUGAUGUUUUUUGAAUUCCCAAAUAUGAUAAUGCCAUAUACCUAUCUGGGUUAACUGUUAUAAGCAUGUUAGGGUAGUAGACAGUGUUGAAUCAUGAGUCAUUCACUGUAUUGUUGAGAGUUGAAUAAAGCUCCACAUUGAACCCUUUUAUUUAUUUAUUUAUUUAUUAGUAGAAGUGACGAGAGGCUUCAGAAAAGUCUAGGUUAAAAAUAGUCUAGGUUAAAAAGAGAAAUGCCUUCUCUAUCCCAGCCUUGCCCUUCACUGCCUGCCUUGAGCUAACCAGGACAAUUUUGAAUCCGUGUGUGUUUCUUGGAGAACAGCUCCACAUCCUCUGAGGAGUGCUGAAUCUAAGAGCUCAGGAAAUUGAAGAGCUGAUCCUUCAGUCCUGAGGACUGUGCCACAAUGCUUUAAGGAACCUCACAAGACUGUGAUUUCAAGCUUCAUUGUUGAUGGAAAGCUUAACCCCCUUGGGAUCAGUGUCCACAUUCAUUUAGCGUCUGUUUUUGACUGACUACAAGAUAACGAGUUUUAAUCUGUGUUGCAGAUGAACAUUGGUUCUGAUUUUCAUCUAUUUCUAGAGCAUGUCCUCUGGUAACAAUUCCUAUUAAAAUUGCUUUGCAGAGGGACUGAGAAGCCAA